AUGAAGGGCGACAUUCAGGUUGCGAACGACACUGUCAUCAGUUCUUCAGCGGAUACAAGUUUCAAGAGAAAAGAGAAGGUUGAAGGGGCAUCGGAAACACGAGACAACCAAAUCGAAAGUUUGAUUUCGGGAGCGCUAGAUUCUAGUCAUAAUACAACAGCCAUAUCAGGUCAGGACACAAUCAUAAACACCAGCGAGGACGUCGCAGAAUCUGUCUCUGUGUUGCAAGGUCUGGGUGUGACCAAGCAUGACUCAGACGGUAAUUCGGAAACAUCUUUCUUGACCAAUGAUUACUGGCAGUCGAUGCAGACACCCUUGGCCUCUCAUGCUGUCGGUGCGACUCUGGCACACGAGUUGUCGUUCGAAGGGAAUGAAGCAGCUCUGCAUCACAUCAUCAGCAACCAUCCCUUCCUCAUCGAGUCAAAGACCAUCGACGGCGAAACUCCUGCACAUCACGCAGCUGCAGGCGGUCAGUCUCGAGUCUUGUACCUUCUAGCCAAUCUGAGCAAAACAAUCCUGCUCGAACCUGACUAUGACGGUUGGACUCCGGCGCACAUGGCGGCAUUUUAUGAGCAACCAGACACGAUCUCAGUCUUGAAAAUUCUUGCACCCGAGUCAUUCCUGUUAAAGGACAAGAAGGGGAGAUUGCCCGUCGAUCUCACCAGCAACAAGCAUUGUCUGAGUCUGAUGAAGGAUUCAAUCGUCGAAGCUGACAACUUGAAGAUAUCUGCUGCUGACCCCACCUCAACUACUGCUGAGGUCGACCCGGCUGUGGAGGAAGCCGCCUCUAAGGCCGUUGCUGAGGUCGCUCCUGCUACAGAGGAGGCUGCUACCGAGGCUGUUGAAACCACCGCUGCUACCGAGGCUGUUGAAGCCACCGCUGCUACCGAGGACCCCGGACCUGAAGACGCCGCUUAUAAGGCUGCUCAAGCUUCGGAGGAAGAGAGCCCAGCAGAAGAGGUCGCCGCAUCUGUGGCUGUCGUCGAGGUCGCGCCUGCUGAUCAGACCGCGCCUCCUGCUGUCGAGAAGGCCGCGCCUGCUGCUGCUGCCGUCGAAGAAAUGGCCGCUCCUGCUGAUUCUCCUGCGGAGGAGGAAGCCGUCCCUGCUCCUGCCGUCGAAAAGGCGGCCUCUGCUGCGGCGGCGGAGCAGGUGCAUACUGCUCCUGCUUCCGAGGAGGCAGCUCCAGCUGCUGCUGCCGUCGAGGAAGUGGCCGACCCGGCCGCUGUCGAGAAGGCCGUCCCUCUACCUGCUGAGCAGGCCCCUGCUCCUGCUCUUGCAAGUGAUGAGUCCCCUGCUGCUGCCGUCGAGGAGGCCGCUCUUGCUCCUGCUACUAUCGAAGAGCAGUUGGCUCCUGUUACUGCAGAAGAAGCUUCUCCAGCCGCUGUUCAGGAUGCUGCUCAUGGUGCUGCUGCUGUCGAGGAGGCUGCUCCUGCCUCUGCCGUCGGGGAGGCUGCUCCAGCCGCUCCUGCUCCUGUUGCUGUCGAGGAGGAGGCUUCCGCCUCCCCCGCCGCCGCCGCCAUCGAGGAGGCAGCAGCAGCAGCUCCUUCCGUAGAGGAGGCUGCUCAUGCUGCUGCUGUCGAGGAGGAGGCUACCCCUGCUCAUGCUAUUCAAGAGGAAGCCGCGCUUGAUGCUGCUCCUGCUGUAGAGGAGGCUGCUCCUGCUGCUGCCGCCGCCGCCGCCGCCGUCGACGAGCAGGCUGCUCCUGCUGCUGCCAUCGAGGAGGCUCCUGAGGAGGCUGCUCCUGCGCCUGCCGCUGCCGCUGCCGUCGAGGCGGAGACUGCUCCAGCUCCUGCUGCCGCUGCCGUCGAAGAGGCUGCGCCUGCUGCUGCCGCUGCCGUCGAGGCGGAGGCUGCUCCUGCUUCUGCCGUUGCCGUCGAAGAGACUUCGCCUGCUCCUGCUGCUGCCGCUGCCGUCGAGGAGGCUGCUCCUGCUCCUGCCGUCGAGGCGGAGACUGCACCAGCUGCUCCUGCUUCCGCUGCCGUCGAGGAGGAGGCUGCUCCUGCGCCUGCUGCUGCCGUCGAGGCGGAGACUGCACCAGCUGCUCCUGUCGCUGCCGUCGAGGAGGCUGCUCCUGCUUCUGCUGCUGCCGUCGAGGAGGCUGCUCCUGCUCCUGCCGCUGCCGCUGCCGCUGCCGUCGAGGAGGCUGCUCCUGCGCCUGCCGCUGCCGCUGCCGCUGCCGUCGAGGAGGCUGCUCCUGCGCCUGCCGCUGCCAUCGAGGAGGCUGCUCCUGCGCCUGCCGCUGUCGUCGAGGAGGCUGCGCCUGCUCCUGCUCCUGCCGCUGCUAUCGAGGAGGCUGCUCCUGCGCCUGCCGCUACCGCUGCGCCUGCGACAGCUGCUGCCGUCGAGGAGGCUGCUCCAGAGCCUGCCUCGGCCGUCCAGGAGGCUGCUCCAGAGCCUGCCGUUGCCGCUGCCGUCGACGACGAGGCUGCUGCUGCUGCUGCCGUCGAGGAGGCUCCUGUCGCUGCCGUCGUCGAGGAGGCUGCUGCUCCCGCUGCUAUCGAGGAGGCUGCUCCUGCUGCUGCUCCUGCCGUCGAGGCGGAGGCUGCUCCAGCUGCUCCUGCCUGUGCCAUCGAGGAGGCUGCGCCUACUCCUGCGCCUGCCGAUGCCACUGCCGUCGAGGAGGCUGCUCCUGCUCCUGCCGCUGCUGUCGAGGAGGCUGCUCCUGCUCCUGCCGCUGCUGUCGAGGAGGCUGCUCCUGCUCCUGCCGCUGCUGUCGAGGAGGCUGCUCCAGCGCCUGCUGCUGCUGCCGCCGUCGUCGAGGAGGCUGCGCCUGCUGCUCCCGUCGAAGAGGCUCCUGUCGCUGCCGUCGAGGAGGCUCCUGCUGCUCCCGCUGCUAUCGAGGAGGCUGCUCCAGCGCCUACCUGUGCCGUCGAGGAGGCUGCUCCUGCUGUUGCCGCUGCUGUCGAGGAGGCUGCUCCUGCUCCUGCCGCUGCCACUGCGGUUGAGGAGGCUGCUCCUGCUCCUGCCGCUGCUGCCGUCGAGGAGGCUUUGCCUGCUGCCGCUGCCACUGCGGUUGAGGAGGCUGCUUUAGCGCCUGCUACCGCUGCUGCGGUUGAGGAGGCUGCUUUAGCGCCUGCCGCUGCCGCCGCCGUCGAGGAGGCUGCUCCUGCUGUUGCCGCUGCCGUCGAAGAGGCUGCUCCUGCUGCCGUCGAGGCGGAGGCUGCUCCUGCUGCCGUCGAGGAGGCUGCUCCUGCUGCUGCCGCGGCCGUCGAGGAGGCUGCGCCUGCUCCUGCUCCUGCCGCUGCUGUCGAGGAGGCUGCUCCUGCGCCUGCUGCUGCCGCCGUCGUCGAGGAGGCUGCUCCUGCUGCUGCCGUCGAGGAGGCUGCUCCUGCUGCCGUCGAGGAGGCUCCUGCUGCUUCCGCUGCUAUCGAGGAGGCUGCUCCAGCGCCUACCUGUGCCGUCGAGGAGGCUGCUCCUGCUCCUGCCGCUGCCACUGCGGUUGAGGAGGCUGCUCCUGCGUCUGCCGCUGCUGCCGUCGAGGAGGCUGUGCCUGUUGCCGCCGUCGUCGAGGAGGCUUUGCCUGCUGCCGCUGCUGCGGAGGCUGCUCCUGCUGUUGCCACUGCCGUCGAGGAGGCUGAGCCUGCUCCUGCUGCUGCCGCUGCCGUCGAGGAGGCUGCGCCUGCUCCUGCGCCUGUUGCUGCCGCUGCCGUCGUCGAGGAGGCUGCUCCUGCUGCUCCCGCUGCUAUCGAGGAGGCUGCUCCUGCACCUGCCGCUGCCGUCGAGGAGGCUGCUCCUGCUGCCGCUACCGUCGAAGAGGCUACCCCAUCCGCUGCCAUCGAGGAGGCUGCUCCUGUUACCGUUGUCAAGGCGGAGGCUACACCUGCUGCUGCCGUCGAGGAAGCCGCCGCCGCCGCUGUCGAGGUGGAGGCUGCUCCAGCUCCAGCGCCAGCUGUUGAGGCGGAGACUGCUCUAGCUCCUGCCAAUGCCGUCGAGGAGGCUGCUCCUGCUGCUGCCGUGGAGGAGGCUGCACCUGCUGCUGCUAUCGAGGAGGAGGCUCCUGCUCCUGCUGUCCAGGCGGAGGCUGCACCUGCUGCUGCCGUCGAGGCGGAGGCUCCUGCUGUCGAGCAGGUUUCCACAUCCGCUGCUGCCAUCCAAGAGGAGGCGGCGUCUUCUGCUGCUGUCGAGGAGGAGGCUACCCCUGCUGCUGUCGAGGAGGAGGCUACCCCUGCUGCUGCUGUCGAGGAGGCUACCACUGAUGUUGCAGCAGAUCUGUUGCUGCUGGAGGCAGGGACACAAACGGAAGCGAUUGACAUGCAAGUAGCUCCCGAGGAGGCCGCCAAGGUCGCUCCCACUAGAGAAGAAAUCGACACCUCUGACGCUGCCGUCGAGACUACCGCUGACACUCCUCCUGCUGCUGCUGCCGCCGCCGUCGAGGAGACCCCGCCUGCUACUGUUGCCGCUGUCGACGAGGCUGCUGCUCCUGCUGAGAUGGCAGCGGCGGAGGAGGCUGCUCCUGCCGCCCCCGCCGUCGAGGAGGCCCCGCCUGCUUCUGCUGCCGUUGAGGAGGAGGCGGCCAUUGAUGAACCCGCUGUCGAGAGCCCUCAGUCGGUGGAGGAAGCGGUUCAAACUGAUGAAACCGUGCUUGAAGCAGCAACACAAACCGGGUCCUGUGACGUCACAGAUCCUUCCGAAGCCGUGCCCGCAGCUCCUGCUGCUGCUCCUGCCAUCGAGGAGGAGGCCGCGCCUGCUGCUGCUCUUACUGCCGCUGUUCAGGAGGAGGAGUCUGCUGCUGCUGUUCAGGAGGAGGAGUCUGCUGUUACUGCUGCUAUUGAAGAGGAAGAGGCCCCUGCGUCUACUGCCGAGGAGGAGGCCGCGUCUGAUGCUGCUGCUGCUGCCGUGGAGGAAGCCACGCCUGCUGCUGCCGCCGCCGCCGCCGUUCAGGAGGCUGCGCCUGCCCCCCCCGCCGCCGCUGCUAAUGCCGUCGAGGAAGCCGCGCCGGCUGCUGCGGUAGUGGAAGAAGAGGCCCCGCUUGCUGCUGCUAUUCAGGCACAAGUCCCUGCUGCCGCUGUCGAGGAGGAGGCCGCGCCUGCUGCUCCUGCUAACGUCGAUGAAAAUGCCAUUUCUGCCCCUCUGGAGGAAGAGGCUGCUGCUGCUGCUGCUGCGGCGGCGGCGGCGGCGGCGGCGGUGGAGAAGGAGGCCGCACCUACUUCUGCUCCUGCUGCCGUCGAGGAGGCCGCGCCGGCUGCUGCUGCUGUCAGGGAGGAAGAAGCGCCUGCUGCUGCUGCUGCUGCUGCUGCUGCUGUCGUUGAAGAAGCCGCGCCGGCUGCUGAUGUUGAUGAGGAGGCCGCGCCUGCUGCUCCUGCUGCCGUCGAUGAAGAUGCCAUUUCUGCCCCUCUGGAGGAAGUGGCGGCGGCGGCGGCGGCGGCGGAGGAGGAGGAGGCCGCACCUACUUCUGCUGCUGCAGCGGAGAGGGAGGAUGCUGCGCCUGCUACGUCAGAAGAAGAAAAGACGGAAGGAGGGUUGUUGAGUCAGCAGGUCGUCUCGGGGGAGGCUGAGGCUGGGGUUGAGUCCGUCCUGCGCUCGCUGCUUGUGUCGCUGCGGUCAGCUCUUGAAGUCUCUUCGCUGCGAGAGGCCGUCGAGUCCCACAUGGCAGAAGUUUACAAAGUCUUUCCCAGAGGCGACUCGCAGACGCUUCAGAGUCAGCUGGAUGAGGUUUCUCAGCUCAAGUUCGAGCUCAGGCUAUGCUUCUUUCUCUGCUGCCUCGGAAUUCUCUUCUCAAACCUCAUCAGCUUCCGGCAUGACUUUGCUCAGAUCGCGUGGAGAUUUGCAGUCACCUGGUUCCAGAUGUUGUUUGCACUUUGGGCCUUCGCCAUGCUGCAUCGAAGUGUGUUCUCACGAUAUGGGCGGAGAAGUCCGACCAAGAAGAAGGACGAGAAGAGACAAUAGACAAGUUCAAGUUCAUGGAUCAGGUUUAAUGAUUAGUCGUUGAGGUUGUAAUAAAAGAAUAUUCCGUC